CUGUGCUGGGUGAUCCAAAAGACAACUUGAGCGAGUCAGAAGUGUGUUCUGCAUGUACCACACUCUAUAUAGAAGUACCCCAUGGGUGCUGUUGUGUGUUGGGCACACCUCUGGCUUGUCAUAAAGCCAGAAGGUGAAAUUACUCAAAUGACUCUGGAAAGGUUAUGCUUGAUUUCAAGACAUUAUUGAUAUUCUCGAUGGCAGCCUUGAUGCCCGGUGAAGCAUGCUUUGCAUUGAGUGGUAUUCCCUUUGUAACUCAGUUUUUUUGUUUUGUAAUUAGGUUUAGUGAUCUUAACCCUGUGUGUACACAACGGUUGUAUUGAAAGGUUAUUACUUUUUUUAUUGAAGCUUAUUAAAGAGUGCUUCAAUUUCCUCCCACAGUCCAAAGACAUGCAAGUAGGCUAAUUGGAGACUCUAAAUUGACCAUUGGUAUGAAUGGUGUGUGUGCCCUGCUAUAGAUUGGUAGCUUGUCCAGUGUGUAUUCUUGCCUCUCGUCCAAUGCUUGCUGGGAUAGGCUCCAGCACCCCCUCCCCCAUGACCCUGCUCAGGAUAAGCAGAUAUAAAUAAUAAUACUGAUAAUAAUAAUAAUAAUAAUAAUAAUAAUAAUAAUAAACACAUUAAAUGGUAAUGCUGAUGAUGAUGAUGGUAAUAAUAAUACUAAUACUGCCUGUGCUAUUUAAUGUUUCCAAGACUUCUGAGCCUGUAUGAUAAGUUAUACUAUAAAAUACCCAAUGGGGGAAAAUAAUAUCUCUGAAAUAUGAAUUAUCAAGAGUAUCAGGCUUCAAAAAUUGGCUUAUAAUAAAUAUGACGCAGACACAAAUAGCCCAUGUUGGGCACUUGGGCAAUAUAAAAUUCGUGAUUCUAAUGAAUAAUUCAGUAAACUCCUCCUCCGAAUUGGGCUGUGCCCAAUGAAUAAUAACUAGCCCUGCCCCUCUAAUAUUUAUUAAUUUGGUCCUUCUGACAGCCCCGAUGUUCAGUCUCGUUAUGGCGUUUUACCAACCCAGAAUGAGAUUUUUUAGUGCUGGGUGCAUUGGAAUUUACCACUUAUGAGAUGUGACGUUCUGUUCGGCUUGUCAUCGUGAACAUGAAAAUGGAAGAAGAGGAUAGUCCGACGAGGGCGGUACCGAGUACCAGUCCAGACGGGAAAAAGGGUGGUGUCGAAGAUAGCGGGUCUUCUGCUCGUGUCCUACUGGACACUGAGCUUUGCGAAACUGGAUCUAAUCAAGUGGCAGGUCUAAACUGCCACAACGGGCGGACCUGGCGUGGUGGAACCGGAAUACGAGUUCUGAAGCGCAAUAUGAAGCGGAAUGGGAGUCGGGGCUGUGUGACCAGGAAGACCCGCUUUGGGUCACGGGAGCGGGACUGGUUGAAGGGGGACGCCCAGCGGGGGUGCGUGUGCCUCUAUGGGGCGGCAGACCCCCAGCUCCCCUCCUCAGGACCCCAGACCUCCUCUACCUCACAGCCGGACCUGCGACUGGUACUCUGCUCCACCAGCACCACGGUGGAGGAGCUGUGUGCCCAAGGGGAGAGUAAGGACCUGUACCUGCAGCUGCAUGGGGACCUGAUCAGGAGGCUGGAUCCCACAGAGCGCCCUCUCCAAAUCGUGUACGACUACCUGGCAGCCAUGGGGUACAGGGACCCACUGAGGAUACAGUGGGAGGCGGCCAACUCGGACCUGAGCUGUAUGAUUCGCUUCUACAGGGAGAGGCCGCUGAGCGCGGACCAGCUGGAGCGCACGCUGCUGACGGGCGUGUUCAGCGUGCGGAAGGGCAAGACGCAGCUGCACAAGUGGGCGGAGCGACAGGUCAUCCUGUGCGGCACCUGCCUGAUCGUGGCCUCCGUCAAAGACUGCCUGACGGGGAAGAUGCACAUCCUGCCGCUGGUGGGGGGAAAGGUGGAGGAAGUCAAGCGAAGACAGCACUGUCUAAUGUUCAGCUCAGCUGGACCCCAGGCCCAGACUUACUUUGUCAAUUUUGACCAGCUGGCAGACUACCAGAGGUGGCACCGACAGGCAUCUAAGGUGGUGUCCCAGACCGUCAGUCUGGUGGAUCUGUCCUGCUACAGCCUGGAGCGCGUGCCCGAGUACCUCUUCUACAGCCAGGACAUCACGCACCUCAACCUCCGCCACAACUUUCUGAGGCUGGAGGGGGCGGGCGGACUGCACAGCCUCAAUAGAUUCUUACAGCUGAAGAGCUUGAAUUUGUCCCAUAACCGACUGGGCACCUUCCCAGAGUCCAUAUGUGAGGUCCCCACACUGACUGAGCUCAACCUCUCCUGCAACGGCAUCCAUACCGUGCCCUGCCAGAUAGGCAAGCUUCAGAGCCUGCAGACUCUGUCCCUGGAGGGGAAUCACUUGAGCGCCCUUCCCGAGGAGCUCGGCGGCCUGUCGCAGCUCAGCAGCCUGGGGCUCGCCUUCAACCAGUUCCCCCGCAUCCCUGCCGUGGUGGAGCGGCUCACCGCCAUCGACAGGCUGUCCAUGGCCGGGAACAGGGUGGAGACCCUGGAGCUGGGCUUCCUGGGCCGGAUGAGUCACCUCAAGAUCAUCGACCUGCGGCUGAACGGGCUACGCUGGGUCCAGAGCGACGGCCUGGAGCCCGUGAGGCAGGUGACCUACCUGGAUGUGAGGGACAACCACCUGAGCGCCCUGGACCUCAGCUCCGCCUGCAGCCUGGAGACGCUGCACUGCGAGCGCAACCAGCUGGAGAUGCUAACGCUGAGUGGCUUCAUGCUGCGCGCGGUGUACGCCAGCAACAACCGCCUGACCACAGUCAAUAUCUACCCAGUUCCCAACCAGCUGAUGCACUUGGACCUAUCAUGUAACCUCCUUGAAUACCUUCCAGACUGGGUGUGUGACACCAGGAAAAUUGAAGUGCUGGACGUCACUCACAACUUUCUGUCCGAACUGCCCGCAAGACUGCUAGGUAGCCUGAGUCUGAGAAAACUGCUGGCCGGCCACAAUCGGCUGCAGAGAGUGCCUGACCUGCUGGACCAUAUCCCGCUGGAGAUGCUCGACCUCCAGCACAACAAGCUGGGCCAGCUCCCAGAGAGCUUCUUCUAUAAGGCGCUAAACCUAAGGUACCUGAACCUGUCAGCCAAUUCCCUGGAGGCUAUCCCCCCAAGCAGCCAAUCAGAGCAGAGUCUCAGCAACCUCCAGGAGUUGUACCUGACUGGCAACAGUCUGAAUGAGAACAGCGCCGCCCAGCUGGUGGAACAUCAGAACCUGCGCGUCCUGCACAUAGCCUACAACCAGCUUCUGUCCUUUCCUGCAAGUAAGCUGAGUAAACUGGAGCUGCUGGAGGAGCUGAACCUCAGUGGGAACAAGCUGAAGACCAUCCCCUCCACCGUGUCCAGCUGCAAGAGACUGCACAUCCUGGUCGCACACUCCAACCACAUCAGCGUCUUCCCCGAGAUCCUCAACCUUCCUGAGAUCAGGCUGGUGGAUCUGAGCUGUAAUGAGCUGACGGAGAUCGUGCUGACGGACUCUGUGCCUGCAACACUGCAGGAGCUGGACCUGACAGGCAAUAGCAGCCUCAUCCUGGAGCACAAGACACUCAAUCUCUUCAGUCACAUUGCUACCCUGAAGCUGGAUCAGAAGCAAGUCAUUAUGACAGGAGACUCUCUGGGUUCCUCCAUCCUGUGGAACCACGGAUACUCAGAACUGAGUGGCCACAGAAAUAAGCUGUGUGUGUCAGUGCUGGCGGUAGAUCGAUUCAGGGACAGCGCGGAGGCUGUGUAUGGCAUCUUUGACGGGGACCGCAAUGAGGAGGUGCCCCGCCUACUGCAGUGCACCAUGGCGGAGGUGCUGGCCGAGGAGAUAGAGCACUCCAGCGUGGACACUGUGUACCUGAGCAACACCUUCCUCACUUCACACCGCAAACUGGGCAUGGCCGGGCAGAAGCUGGGCGCCUCGGCGCUGCUCUGCUACAUCCACCACGAGGCCUCCAACCCCUCCAACUUCAGCCUCACCCUGGCCAACGUGGGAACGUGCCAGGCAGUGCUGUGUCGAGACGGGCAGCCCCUGGCCCUGUCGAAGGUCUUCAGUCUGGAGCAGAGCAUGGAGGAGACAGAGAGGGUUAAAAGCAGCAAGGCCAUCAUUACAGAGGAUAACAAGGUGAGCGGGGUGACCCGCUCCUCCCGCCUCCUGGGCUGCUCCUACCUGUCCCCCUGGGUGCUGCCCAAGCCGUGGGUGCACACCGAGCCCCUCUGCUCCCAGGACGACUUCCUGAUCCUGGGGACCAGGUCGCUGUUCGAGGGGGUCUCGUACCAGGAGGCCGUGCGCACGGUACAGGCCGUGCGGGACCCGCUAGCCGCCGCCAAGAAGCUGUGCACCCUGGCGCAGAGCUACGGUUGCCGGGACAACGUGGGGGCGGCAGUGGUGUCCCUGCGCGUCGGGGAGGACGGCUGCACCUGCGAGGCCGAGGGGAAGGGGGGCGCGGGGGCGGUGCUGCCCACCUUCGGUCCCGCCCCCCUGGGGGACCCUCCCGCCCUUUCCUCCAGCAGCGGCGUCACCUCGGAGUUCAGCAGCGAGCUGUCCGCCUCGGAGGUGGGCAGCGAGGCCGGCUCCACCGCCUCUGACGAGCACCCUUCCUCCAGCCCCGCCCGGCCAGAGAGGCGCUGCAGCCUGCACCCCGCUGCAGCCGCCAGUGGGGCGGGCGUCCCUGGCCCCAGCCCUGGCCCCGGCCCCGGCCCCGGGGUCAUCAACGCAGGGCUGUUCCAGCGCCAGCCAUCCUGCGCCACCUUCUCCAGCAACCAGUCGGACAACGGGCUGGACAGUGACGACGAGGGUCCACUGGAGGGCGUCAUCUCCAAUGGGAGCAAAGUGGAGGUGGAGGUGGACAUCCACUGCUGCGCCUUUCCGAUCCGUUCAGUGUCUCCUGAAGCCCUCGACAACCAGGACCUCCUUGACAACCAGCGGGGCUCCGUUUACCAAAAUGGCGGUUUUGGUGGGAAGGCGCGACGCAGGGAAAAUGUGGUUGUGUCGGCCACGAACGGCUGCCUUCUAGCGGUGUGUGGCAGGGAGAUCUCUGACCUGAAAAAGUCCCCUUCCUCCUCCAGCCUUUUCGGAAAGAAGCUUUCCAACGGCUCCGUGGUAGCCCUGGAAGAUAGCCACAACCUCAUCGAGGUAGCCCUGGAGGCCCCCAAGAAGAAGUCGGGCUAUUUUGCUGCCCCAGCCCAGCAGGACCCCGAGGACCAGCUGGUGGUUCCGCCCAGCCUGGAGCAGGAUGUUAGAGAGCAGCUAAGGAUCCAGAACGCCGUCACCCCUGGACCUCCACCCCUGUCGACACACCCCCCUGCCAGAGACCCUGAGUGGAGCCAGCCUCCUCCACCUCCCCAGGACCUGAUCAGCACCCCUGCCCUGCAGCAGGAAGUCUAUGACACUGCACUGUAGAGGGCGUGGAGCAUAAUGCCACGCCCACAGGAAAUAAGAUGCCAUACCAAGGUUAGCCCCCUUGGAAUAUUACAGAUCAAGUUUCCUUUUGGGUCUGACCUAAGUCUGAGGCCCAGAAUGCACAGUUAUGAUUGCAUUAUGACACUUCCAGUGUUCUGAAACCAGUUUCACUGUGACUAAUAUUUUCUCUAGAAAAUCUGUCUGAAUAUGUGACUUUAUAAAAGAUGAUGAUGAGGGCCAGAGAGCAAAUUUAAUUUAUGGUAGAAGGCCAAAAUCCUAAACUGAACUGGAAUACCUUCUGUUAGUCGGUGUAUCACUACAAAAGCUAUAAGCAACAAUUGCCCUUUACACAGUUUACUGUCACUGUAACUGGCUCUUUAUUUACUUUAUUUAUCAUCUUCUGUCCCAAGGAAUCUAGAAGGUCUCCAAUGUCGUAGAAUAAUCGUGUGACCUAAAGGUGAAGAUGGGACAUAAAGUGCCUACUACACCUAACUCCACUGCUAACUCCCUGGCCUUGGCAUGUCCACUGGAGUAUUUAUUUUGCGGAAGGUUAUCACUGUGUGAUAGCACCUCUGGUACAAUCACCCGGCCAGGUUUCCUCUAUCUCAGACCUCAGAACCUGGCCAGCUGAUGACACUGAGGGUGGUCUUCUGGGCUGGCUGAGCUGAAAUGGGGUUUGCUGGACAUAUUCUGGGGUAAUGGGAGGGUUUGUGGGAGGUCUGUUUUUUUAUUUUUUUAUAAGUUAGUGGCAAAUGUGGUCCCAAGCAAUAUUUACUGAAAAGAAGGAGGGCCAAUCACCAAGUGAAUGCAUUGAAUGGUAUCAAUUCCAUGAAGCACUGUUACUGGAGCUUGGUGCUGGGAUGUGUGUUUAUGCACGUGAAAGAAAUAUUUGACUGUACAGGACAUCAUUUUCAAUCUUCGGCAUUGCUGCUCUCCCUAAUUCAUCUCAUGUUCUUACCCGCUAACUGCUAGCUGCUUACUUCCUCUUGAAACCAAACUCUGGUGGAACCAGGGCUGAUGGCCCACCUGCUUUUUCCAUGGUCUUUUUCAGGGUGCAGUGAGGUUGCUCCCGGCUUAGCUCAUAUCCCUGAUCUACCCCACUGAGCUGGGAUUACACGUUCCGCAUUAUCUGGAAAGCCGUGACAUAUUUCUCAAACAGUGAAUAAAUGGGGUUAAUGGGCAAUCAGCACUUGAGUCUUUCACAAUCAAGGAAAGAGACAAAAUUAUACAAAUUUCCGGUGCUGUUUUGACAUUCAACAAUAGAACAUAUUGCAGAUACCAUAUUAUCACGUCCAAAACAUAAAGGCCCGCUCAUGCGCAGCAAGUCUAAAAGCAAAAUGCAUUUAAAAACGUAGGUGGUGUUUCUGGUUUUUCAAUUACCUGUGCCUGUAUUAAAAAAAAGGCGUUAACUUUGAAUGUAACAUUGAUAAAAGCCUAAUUGGCUGAGUCAUCUGUUUUUUUGUCUGUUUUUCUUCUAUUAACAUUUUUAAACACAUUUUGCGUUCAGUCUUUCUGUGCGUCUGCGGGCUUUUAUGUUUUGGACUUAUUUGUUGUCGAUGCGCACCUCAAUAUGGUAUCAUGAGCACAGUGAUUUAAAAAGGUUCCAGAAACCAUAGCACUGUACUGAUAAACCCUGCACGAUCUAGUAGGGAAGCUGUGAAAUAAUAUAACUUGGUGCGUAUGUAUUUUAGUGUAGAGAGGUCAAAGGGGAAUGCCAGAGAUGGUGAAUCAUCAUGAAAAAACUGCAGAGCUGUACUACCCAGGAAUGGCUCCCACUACCUACAUUAACAAAACAGGUGGUAAAAUAGGGAGUGGGAUCUCUCCUCAGACUAUACAGAACUCUGUUAUUCCAGAUGAAUGCCUGUGCUACGGUGACUGUGCAAAAUGUUUUUUGAGGAUCAGCUGAGACUCAGUAUGAGACUGAAAAUGCACUCAAAGUCUUAACCUGAGAUUUUCACUCCAUGGCCAAACAUGUCCAGAGAACAGCAGAAAAGCAUAAUGGCUAUAUUGUAGUAUUUAUUUUUACAUAUAGGUAAUUGAACAAAUAUACCUGCAGUUGUGGUGUAUGUGUGAGUGUGGGUGUGUGUGUGUGCUUGUGCCUGUGUGGUUGCAAUAAGGACUACCAUAGCCAUGCUAUAUGACUUUUACUGAAAUGGUAAGGGUGCAGGAACAGUACAGUCUGGUCAAAUAGCACAGUACAUUUUUAUCCAUCAUUGUUUGAGAACCAUGGUUCUGAAAUAUUUCACAUAUUGAAAUAUGGCAGAUGGCGACAUCUAGUGGUAAUAAUUGAGAACUGUUGUAACUGGCCUUGGCAUUUUGUUGUCUUCUUUUAAAGUGUUCUGCAAACUGUAACUAUGACCCGUGUUGGCAAUGAAUGAUGUUUCAUGCAUAUUAAGUAGUGGAAAGUCAAAUCAUGUGGUAUAUACAACAAAUUCAGAAUAAUCAAAAAUUAUGCUGGACACCUGACUGCUACUAGAGAUACUGUACUGCUGACGUGGAGGUCAUUUGUGUGUAUAUUGCUAGCUGACUGAUUUCCAGUGGGCUUAACAGUGUACUGUAAGAUUAAAACUGGCUGACUCAUAGUGUGUUUCAAAGAGAUCGAGUGGGUGGCCAUUCGCUCCAUCCUGACAGUGCUUCUGUAAGUGCCACAGUAAAUCCAGGCACUCUUCUAUUAUUUAGGGAUAUAAUGAUAAAAUAUCUGAGGUUGAUUUGACUACAGGUUUAUGUAAUCUGCCCAGAACAGCUGUUCAUUUGCUAAGUCCGGCUCUGUGCCAUACCUCAUAUACUUUGCUCUCAAACACGAUCCAUAGAAUGUAUUUUCUGUAAGGAUGUGAGAUUGUUCAGUUAAUGUUUGAAGGUAAUGGUCUCCAAGCUGAUAUGACCUACGACAGUACUAGUUUCUGGUGCAGCAGUGUGCCUCAAGGUCUGUCAUUGACAGACACAUUGUUACACGCUUUCUUUUUUUAGGCAGAGUAUUCCACACAUCAUUAUGUAUUCAUAAAACCUCUGGAAAUUGGAAGAAAAGUAAAAAUGUAUAAAAAUAUUAGUAAUAUUAGUCAUUUGUCGAUCUGUCGGUUUCAUGGUUAUGCUGAAGGAAGCCUUCAACUAAAUGGCUUUUCCUUUGUAUUUAACUAGCUUGAAAUGCUAUUAGAAUAUACAUGACAAAUUAUGGCAAUGAACUCUAAUGCUUUCUAAUCAUUAACAGAAUUAUCAUUAAGUCAUUUUUUUUACCAGUGAAAAAUCUUAUCAUUGUGCCAAGAUUAAUGCCUAAAAUGCACUGGUUCUUUUAAAAAUAGGUUUGCGUGAUAAGGUUUGUGCUGAGAUGACUGGAGAAAUCUACCUUUCAUACUAUGCAGUAGGUAUUUGUUCACUACAGUGUGUGUUCUGGCAAGAUUUUGUGUCAGUGUAUGAGGCGGUAUGUUCUGUUUUCUUUACACAAAAUGCUCCCUUUAAAACAGUCUGUAUGGCUUAUACACUUUUAAAAUGAAUUAUAUGAUUCAAGCGAGUGUAAUUAAUUGUUUUUACUCGAGCUUCAUCUGUGUAUAUUUUAAUAUUUGAGUAUAUUUGCCAUGCACUGUGGCUGUGGCACAGAUCUGUGUAGAAAUUGUUGUGGCAAUUCUUGGCCUUUCAGAUAUGCUAAAUCUUCUCUAAGAGAAAGCAGCCAAUCAAACCUGAAAUGAAAAUUAUACUGUAAAUACUGUAGUAUACUAAUACUAAAUGAAUUGUCUGAUUCCUUUCCCAAUAAGUGUGAGCUUGUCUAUGAGCACACGGAUGCUGUGCACUUUAAGUACUACAACACGAUUGGUAACAAAAGCGGGAGCUGGUUCGCCAUCUCAAUUUUGCUGUAGGUCAUGUUCCCAUGAGUACACAAAAUUUAAUAGAAAAUGUUGGGAUUUUACUCUGAUGUUCAGCACAUGGAGAAAGAGGAACUUUUAAUAUAUGAUUUGUUUAUGAAGGCAUCCACUUUGCCUUUUCAUUUCAUAAUUGUUCUAUUGAAUAAACAGAGGUUUCUUCAGUUGUGGGCAUGCCCUAGAGCUGGGCCUCUUUAGCAGUUCAGAUCACCCUUACAUAAUACUAACAUCUCCAAAACUGGCAGUGAUUCAGAUAUGAAGUUCCUUUCCAGCUCACGCACAGUGCUGAAUCACAAAUCUGCACACAUUUCCUUCAGGAAUUUGCACGCAAGAACCCAGAAUGAAUAAUCCUAACCUUAAUUUACCCUGUUAGCAUGGCUAAGGGUCAGCUGAACUGAGUGGUGGUAGCUCAAAGCAAGUAGGCCAGAGCACUGCAACAUGAGGACAAAUCAUGAACAUUAUUUUAAAAUUAUAUAUGCAAAGUAUUUCAGAUUCUUGUGUAUAUAUUAGUGUGACCUUUAACUUGGUGUGGCUUAAAAAUGGGAAGUUUUAAAGCACCGUUAAGAUAGUGACUGUGUGUUUGUGUUCGUGUGUGUGUGUGUGUGCAUUUGUUUGACUUGUUCAGUGCAGUGUUCAGCUAUUGUGUCCAUCUUUUGCCAGCUCUCUGGUGGUUCACAUACAAUAACUGGUGGGGUUUAAUGUUUUUAGUGAGUGUGAUAGCCCCAGUAUAUGUACAGUAUUUGUGUAUAGGAAGUACAGUAAGGCUAAAUUCCCCUGGUAUGGCCAAGUCACUCAGUUCUUGAAAACUUUCUACCCCAAAAUCAUGGGAUAAAAUUUCCUUAUUACAAUAUGCUGAUAUGUGCUAAAUACACAGGUCACAAUUUAGACCCUCUUGAAUAAUCACUGUGAAAGCAGCCAUUCCAAAGCAUUGAAGGUAAUUUACAAUCAUUGUAAAUGUUUGGGCCAGACUCAGUCGGAUUGCAUCUGUACAACAUUAGGUAAAUUCCUGCAGAAAUGUGCACGGGAUGGGCUAAACCUGUAAUAAUGGAUGAGAUACACAGUUGAGAUUUGUUUCUCAGUGGUAGCCAGUUGAUUCAAAAUUACGUGGGAUGGGAGUGCAAAAUGUGGGAGGGGAUUUUCCAUGUUUGGUCCAUUGACUUUUCUAGAGGCCAUAUUUGCAUGGGCAUUCUUCUGAAAAGCAUUAAUGUUUGCUUUUUUGUGCACAAUAUUAGUUGUAUAAACUGGGCAUCAUCAUCUUAAAAAAGAACUACUAAAUGUACUUGCUGCACAAUAUAAAAACAUCAUGCCCUCAAACGUGCACGUUUAAAAAGCUACUAAAUAAUGUGCCUUUAAUCAAGCUCCCAUUAAUAUAUAACCUUAGGAUGUUUGUAAACCUACUUGGUACACACAGAAUUAAUCUGUGCCACUUUGUUUACAUUUUAGAUUUAAACAUUAUGCUCUAUCAGACCAGUUUCUAAAUUAUUUUUUCAUACAUUUCAACGGUGUAACCUAUAAUGUGUAACCUUAACUGUGUAACCUUGUGCCAUGUGUUCUCAUGAUGUUAACCAAGCAUUGUCUGUGGUUUGUGCCACUUUUCACAAAACAGAGUAUUUCUUUUGAGAAAUUGUGCAAUUGUGUAAUUGUGCUCUAGAUAACAAGUCUUUAACUUGGUUGUCUACAGUAUAUUGCCUGCAAGGAAAGUUAAAACAUAUUAUUUUUGUAUGUCACCUUGGCAAAGCUGGUCCAUUGUGUACCACAUAAUAUGAAAGAAACCAAAAUAUGACAGUUAUCAGAUUGUGAGUGAGUUCCUUUUUUUAAAAUACCACAAACUUGUGUGUGUGUGAGUGUGUAUAUAAACAUACAUACAUACAUACAUACAUAUACUAUAUGGCCAAAGGUAUGUGGAACCUGACAUCCAACAUCCAAAAUUAUGGGCAUUAAUAUGGAGUUAGUCCACUCUUAGCUGCUAUAAUAACUUCCACUCUUCUAGGAAGGCUACCAGAUGUUGGAGCAUUGCUGCAAGAAUUUGCUUCCAUUCAGCCAGAAGAGCAUUAGUGAGGUUGGGCACUGAUUGGGGUGUACUGUAUGACAUACAGUAUAUGACUGAAGGGGUGUCUGGACAUGGUUUGGGCCAGGUCCCCCAUUCCAGUGAAGACAAAUGUUAAUGCUACGGCAUACAAUCACAUUCUAGACGAUUCUGUGCUACCCCAACAGUUUGGGGAAGACCCUUUUCUGUUUCAGUAAUGCCCCCAGGCACACAGCGAGGUCCAAAUAGAAAUGGUUUUGUUGAGAACCGUGUGGAAGAACUUGACUGGCCUGCACAGAGCCCUGACCUUGACCCCAUCCAACACCUUUGGGAUCAAUUGGAAAGCCAACUGCGAGCCAGGCCUAAUCACCAAAUCAGUGCCCGACCUCACUAAUGCUCUUCUGGCUGAAUGGAAGAAAAUCCCUGGAGCAAUGCUCCAACAUCUAGUAUAAAUUCAUCCCAGAAGAGUGGGGGUUGUUGUAGCAGCAAAGGGUGAAACAACGCCAUUUAAUGCCCAUAAUUUUGGAUGAGAUGUUGGAUGUCAGGUGUCCAUAUACUUUUGGCCAUAUACUGUGUGCAUAUAUAUAUAUAUAUAUAUAUAUAUAUAUAUAUAUAUAUAUAUGCAUAGAGAGAGAGAGAGAGAGAGAGAGAGAGUGAGAGAGAGAGACCAGGACCAGGUGAAGUAUUCUUGGUGGUCCACAGGGUAUAAAUGCAUCAUAUUUCCUUCAAGGAAAUUCCCUUUAAUAUUUUAAGGACAAAAUAUACAUAGUAUAUCAUUGGGGCCAUAUAAGAAAAUAAUUAUUAAAUAUUCCUUGUGCGUGUGAACUGUAUGAGUGGUAUCUAGCAGUGGUUUGUUGUUUUUCUUUUGGGGUGGUUUUCCUAAUUUAGUGUUUUGAUUAUUUUUGCGUUUUUGAUGAUGAAUUCACGUACUGUAUGUGUGCUCUGGGAAUGUGUGUGUUAAUAAGGCAUUAGUUUCACUUUCUACUUUCGCAAGAAUGCACCAUUUUGGAUGUGGGUGUGUGUGUGUAUGAGAAUUACCCUUGCUUUGAAAAAGCUCUUAAAGGUAAUGUUCCAGUUGUUUAAUGUAUAACCGGAGUAAACACUGUCCAAAUUAUUAUUAUUUUUAUUUCUAGAGAUGCCCAAAUAUUUUUCUCACAAUACCAUGAAACCUGAUGAUUAUUUUUUAUACUUCAUGCUGUUUUACAGGUCCUUUUCAGGAAUUUAGAAUUUAAUUACAUUUAUUUUGUGACUGAUUAAGGUACUUUAUUUUGUUUUCAUAACUGAUUAUUGAUGUAUUUAAUGUCAGUCAUGCUCAAAAUGCUGUGUAUGUGUAUACAGCAUACAUGUAUGCACAUACACACAUAUGAUUAGAGAACAUUUUUGUUUCUAAGGCAUUGUUUAGGUAUUUUAAGGAUGCAUUAUAUUUUUAUGUUUAAAUUUUAAGCAUGGAGGAAACCACUGAGGAAAUUCCAGUUAUGUUGGAUGUAUCUAGUUUAUGAAGUACUUUGUUGAUUUAAUGUGUCAAAAAAGACUGAGAGCACUUUUGCUGUUCAUCAGCCAGAACUGAACCUGUUUGGAGUGGGCAGUGGUUCGUUAUUUCACUUGAUAUGCUGCUAUGACUGGUUUUGGGCAGAAAAGCUGUAUUUUUAAUCAACUUUUCAACCAAAGUAGCAAUAAAAAUUUAUAUACUGUGAAA